AUGAGCUCAUAUUUUGUUAACCCCCUUUUUUCAAAGUACAAAGGCAGCGAAACACUGGAACCAACUUACUACGACUGCCGGUUCCCCCAAAGCGUCACCCGAAGUCAUGCGCUGAUGUACGGAACCGGAGCGGCUGCGCCGGGCUUUCAACACCCGUCUCAUCACGUCCAAGACUUUUUUCAUCACGGGACAUCGGGAAUAUCUAGCCCUGGAUACCAACAAAACCCAUGUGCUUUAGCUUGCCAUGGAGAUGCCACUAAAUUUUAUGGAUACGAAACCCUUCCGAGGCAAUCGCUUUAUGGUACCCAGCAAGAGGCAAGCGUAGCGCAAUACCCAGACUGUAAAUCGUCCAAUGGAACUAACCCCGGAGAAGUACAAGGCCACCUAAAUCAAAAUCCGUCUCCCGGUCUUAUGUUCCCUUGGAUGAGACCCCAUGCCCCAGGAAGGCGCAGUGGACGGCAGACCUACAGUCGAUAUCAAACGCUUGAACUGGAAAAAGAGUUCCUUUUCAACCCUUACCUGACACGCAAGCGGCGGAUCGAGGUUUCCCAUGCAUUAGGCCUGACAGAGAGACAGGUGAAGAUUUGGUUUCAAAACAGACGAAUGAAAUGGAAAAAAGAGAACAACAAAGACAAAUUCCCGGGCCAAAGAGGAGAUGCCGAUGUUGAGGCCGAGGCUGAGGAGGAAUGCAACGAGGACGGUGAAAAGGAUGAGGGGGAUAAGAAGGAAACGGAAGACAAAGAUGAAACUAAAGAGUGAUUUUGUUGCUUGGCCUUUUUAUGGUUAUAUUGCUUAAAAGGCAGAGAGAGAAAGGGGGAGAGAUACAGAGCUCUAAGUGAGAGAGAGCGCAUAAACUUUAUGGCCACCGCUUUAAGUCAACAAGUGAAGAAAAUCCUAUAGACAUGAUUGUCAAACCACUUCCCUUCAUAAUGCACUCCCAAGAUGCGUCUAAAAUGUGCAGGUUCUUAUUAUUAUGCAACCUCCUCUCAAUUGGCAAUCUCCAGUGUAAGCUCUGUUUCAAUAUGUUUCUUUUUUAUACUAAUAACUGUGCUCCUCAGAGGCCCAAUUUUAUACAGAACAAAACUUCAAUCCGCUACAGUAUGCUUUUAAAGGCUUAAUUCACAUUCAGUAACCUGAUGGAUAUUAAUAACUUACUAUUUAUGCCGAUAUGUUUGCUCAGUUAUUUUUCUUGUCUGAAUUACGAUCACACGUUAUCCUACAGAGUUAGAAGCUUCAGAUAGCUCUGAUAACAUGACCGGGCCUAUUUCAAUAACGACCAAUUCGAAUGAUACUCCUAAAUUUUAAAUGUUCGGCGUCUCCACAUCGAGAUUAAUAUAUCAAUACAUCAGGUUUAUUUCAAUAUAUCAUGAUUGUGUUCAACACCUUGCAACUUUCUAUUUUUGCCCUUUAUAGCCCUUGUGGUACCAGUGGCGUGGUAAAUUAGGCCUAACAUAUUUAUUUUCGUGAGUUACGUGCUUAGUUAAUUUUGGUAUGUUCAUUUCUGUUUUAUCAAAGUAUUAUUUGUUGUGUGGGUUCGUGGGAGGGUGGGUUCAGACGUAAUUUUUUAUAACUCACGUGAUCAAUGAUUCCCAGGGAAUUUAAAUUGCUUGAAAAUCGUAAAAUGCUACCUAAACCUGGGAUAAUUGCAAUACGAACGGAAAAAAAAUACUUUUUAUAUAUAGUUGAACCGAUCUUAAUUUACAUUAAUUCCCCAACCGUAUAGCUUAGUUAAAUGAAAUAUUGAAAUAUUUGUAAAUCAAAUUUGGUAGAUGUUGUGAGCUCAAAGCUACCUACCAUAUUGUUGAAACAUAGAGGCCUAAUCAAUCCAAAAGUGAAGUAAAAUGUCAUAGCAAUACUACAAAAAAAAAA